AUGCAGAACAUAAAGACAAUCAAUGACUUUAAGACAAUUGAAGAUAUCAGAAAGCCAAGGGAGAAAACCACCGCAUGGAGUGGAGAAAAUGAAAAUAUGUAUAAUUCAUUAAUAAAUUUAAUUUUAAAUCAUAAAAAAGAAAUUCAAAAAGUUCCUUUGGCUUCAUCAAUUACAACAGCUCAACCAUGGGCAGAAAAGCGUGGAAUGCGUGCAGGUGUUGAAGAUUUAGAUGGAGACGGUACCUCCGAAGUGGUCGUAUAUGAUAAAGCCGGUCGUUCAGUCAUUAUUAAUGGCUAUAAGUUAAGGGACUCAGAUUUUGCCAUGAGGCAGCAAUAUUUCACAGAACAUCCAAGUAAAGAAAGUAGAAUAAAAGAGCCUUCAGUUUUAGAAUGGGCGAAAGCUAAAAGUUAUGAAACAAGAGUAGACCCGAACAAUCCAUGGAUAACUCAUUCAAGACUUACUGCAGACGGUCAGAAACUAGCAGAAAGAGGUUAUAAGAUGCCACAGAAACCAAAGAAAACACAAUCGGUUUUCAGUAUAUUCACAAAACUCAUCAGCCCAUAUGUUAAAAAUUACUUUGAGGAUUUAGCAAAAGAAGAUGGUGUGAGGUUAAUUAUUGGUGAAAAAGGAGGACCGUAUAAUGUUGAAUUUAUUAAAAAGAUUGUCUCUCCAAUCGUAAUUUAUCGUAUGCUUUAUGUCCUACUUAUCGAAAGAACUUACUUCUUUCAUUUGAAAGCUAGUGGUAGCCCCAACUUACAAUAUGAUGCAUUCAAAAAAUUUAUAAAAGAAAAUCCAAAGCAAUUCUGGGGAUUCUAUAAAGAUAACUUUUUGACUAAGGACCUGACAAAAUUUAAGGAUAAAAUAAAUGUUCAAAUAGUUAGCCAAGCAAUGGUAUCACCACCUAUUCAAAUGGAUGGCUCAGACCUUGAGGAUUCGAUUGUGUUCCUAUUAGGUGUUAAGAACUGCCAGGACGGUUAUUUUAUGCAGUUAUUAGGAGAUAAUGAAGAAGCCGGACAGUUUAUAGAAAUUCUCAAAAUAAAAUCCCAUCCUGAAAAUUUUGAGCAUAGAUUGAGGAUGAAUACAUAUAAAGAAAUAGCCAGAGACUCACAACGUGUAUGGUUCAAGAACCUUAUAGAAAUUUUUGAAAACAGUAAGGAGGGACUCCAAAGGUUUGUAUGGGCUAAUAAUGUUGGAUUAAAUCCAUUGAGUUUAGCUAAGAGUGAACAAGAAGUAGAAAAAGCUGGCACCUCAUCGCCGACUAAAUCAGGAAAGCCAGCAGAUUUAAACAAAGAUUUGGAAAAUAAAGAUAAAGGUGAAGGUGAAAAACCUAAAGAAGGAGAAGCCCCACAAAGUGAAUGA